GGCCGCGCUCCAGUCGGCUUCUGAUGUCAUCCCGCAGCGCCGGAAGCGGCGAGGCACAGAUGAGUAACGUGAAUUUGUCCGUCUCCGACGUCUGGAGACUGAUGAUGCGGGUGUGCUGGUUGGUGAGACAGGACAGCCGGCACCAGCGAAUCAGACUUCCACAUUUGGAAGCAGUUGUGAUUGGGCGUGGCCCAGAGACCAAAAUCACUGAUAAGAAAUGUUCUCGACAGCAAGUACAGUUGAAAGCAGAGUGUAACAAGGGAUAUGUCAAGGUAAAGCAGGUAGGAGUCAAUCCCACCAGCAUUGACUCAGUCGUAAUUGGGAAGGACCAAGAGGUGAAGCUGCAGCCUGGCCAGGUUCUCCACAUGGUGAAUGAACUUUAUCCAUAUAUUGUAGAGUUUGAGGAAGAGGCAAAGAACCCUGGCCUGGAAACACACAGGAAGAGAAAGAGAUCAGGUGAUAGUGAUUCUAUAGAAAGGGAUGCUGCUCACGAAGCUGAGCCUGGGACAGGGCUGGAACCUGGGAGCAACCAUAACCAAUGCUCCGUGCCUCCAAAGAAGGGAAAAGAUGCACCUAUCAAAAAGGAAUCACUGGGCCACUGGAGUCAAGGCUUGAAGAUUUCUAUGCAGGACCCCAAAAUGCAGGUUUACAAAGAUGAGCAGGUGGUGGUAAUAAAGGAUAAAUACCCGAAGGCCCGUUACCAUUGGCUGGUCUUACCAUGGACCGCCAUUUCCAGUCUGAAGGCUGUGACCAGGGAGCACCUUGAACUCCUCAAGCAUAUGCACACUGUGGGGGAAAAGGUGAUUGUAGAUUUUGCUGGGUCCAGCAAACUCCGCUUCCGAUUGGGCUACCACGCCAUUCCGAGUAUGAGGCUUAGAGAUGGCGUGCAUCCAGAGGCCCCCUGUGAGUGCAGUCAGUGGGAGCCCUUCAACAUGCCCUAUAUGGCGUCUGCUUCAGACAACUCUCAUGCCUGUGCUGGCAGGACUGGAAUCCUCUCCACCAGGUAUGGCCUGGCCCAGGGAUUCUCUAAGUCCUAUGUUUACCUGUGCUGUGCAGUUUAACUGUUCUGUUAGUGAAAGAAUGAUCCACUGAUAGAAAUGAAGUAGAGAAAGGUGAAAAUUUAGGAAUUUCACCACCAGGCUAAACUACUUCCAAACAUUCAGAGAACCUUGGAUGAGCAGUCAAAGUCCAGGGCAAGCACAGAAAAUGUUGUGAACUGGUUUCACUCUUUAUUAUCCUUUGUUAUGAAGAUGAUGUAUUAGUAACAGUGUUAUAGGUAGUUAGGCAUGAGUGGGGCAGGAGAGAGCUCUCCCUCCACCCACUAGAAAUGUCGGGUGAUGGUUUGGCAAUUAUUGCAUUGCUUCUCUAAAACUGGCAGCACCAAGGAGAGGCCAUUUCCUGAUGGUUCACACCUGUUAACAUCAAAAUGCUAAUUGAAUGCAGGCCCCAGGGAGAAGCAACUUCCUGGGCAUGCGUGUUAAGAGACGAAAAUGGUGCAAUAUGAUCUUCUGGGGGCACCCUCCACUGGAAAAGGAAGAAAGCCUCAGAUGGGCAUGUGUACAACUCCCUAAACUCACUGUGUGUGCUCAAUUCCAAAGGGUAAGGAAAGCACGGGCAUGUGGAAAGCCCACCCUAAGGGAAGAAUCCUGGGAAAGAGGUGAGCCUAUAAAGUCCCAGGAUCAAGGUCAAAGGCCCCUUUUGCUGUCUUCUUUUGCUCUCAUUUCUCUCUUGUACCUUCAGUGCCUGCUUGGGUCUCUUUCAAGCUGAUUUUCCUCUCUUUCCUGUUCUAAAACCUUUUAAAUAAACUUCCACUCCUUCUCUGAAACUUGUCUUGGUCUCUUUUCUGCUUUAUGUCCCUCAGUUGAAUUUUGGACCCAUACAGAUAUGCUGCCAGUAACUCAGGGUAACUUGGAUCUCUUCCACUGGUAACAGUGGUAAUUGUAAUCAAUGAUAAGUGCUUCCUCUGUGGUUUACUUGAAUUAUUUCCUCUAAUUCUGACUGAUUUAAUUUUAAUUAUGAUUUAAUCUAUAAAUCUAUAAAAUUUAAUUCUGAUUUAAUAUAUCAAUAGGCAAUAAUACAGAUGAAGCUUAAAAAGUUGGGCAACUAGAUUGAGGUCAAGUAGCCAAUAAGUGCACAGCAGAGCCUUGAUUCACAUCCAGGCAUCUUGGCUAACAGCUGCCAUCUUAACCAUAGACCAUACUGGGACACAAGUAAUCCCAACAUCAUUCUGUUUGAUUUGACCUUCAGCAUUCUCUCUUCUGAUUUGCUUAACACUCAAGGCCUGGUUUUCUUAUUACCUAAAAACAUAUGCUGUUUGAGCUUUUGUUUCGUAUUUCUUUGUAAAAUGAGGUAAUUCUGUUGGUCAGUCUGUAAGCUCCUUUCUAGGGCUAAAACUCUACAGCCCUGCAAUUCUUUUUUCUGUUGCCCAGGCUGGAGUGCAGUGGUGCCAUCUUUGUUCACUGCAACCUCU